AAUGCUGAGAAGUAAAUUGCCUUUGCAGGAGCUUAUUUCCCGCCAUCUCACUCUUCAAAAAUCCCACAUAAACAAUCCCAUAAUUAACAACAACAAGAAAAACCCAAAUCAACUUCUCUUUGAAAAGCUAUUAUCCCACUUGAAAAAAUGCAUUUCCAUAAAACAACUUCAACAAAUCCAAACCCAAAUGCUCAUAAACUCCAUACACAAACCCAACUUCCUUCUUUCCAAAGCCAUUGACCUCAAAAGCUUUGCCUACGCUUCCGCGCUUUUCGCCCACAUCCCCGAACCCAACGACUACGCUUUCAAUGUCAUGAUCCGUGGUCUAACCACGACAUGGCAAAAAUAUGGUCUUGCUCUUGAAUUCCAUUGCCAAAUGAAGGGUUUAAGCCUAAAGACCAACAAAUUCACCUACCCUUUUGUGUUCAUCGCUUGUGCGAACCUUUCGACGCUGAAUCACGGGCGUACUGCUCAUUCGUCGGUCUUUAAGAUUGGUUUGGAUGGUGAUGAGCAUGUCAGUAACUCGCUGAUCACAAUGUAUGCGAGAUGUGGCGAAUUGGGGUGUGCCCGGAAAGUGUUCGAUGAAAUUACCCAAAGAGGGUUGUCGUCAUGGAAUUCGAUGAUCUCGGGGUAUUCGAAGAUGGGGUACGCGCGGGAGGCAGUGGAGUUGUUUGGAGAGAUGAGGGAUGAUGGCAUUGCGCCAGUCGAGAUGACGUUGGUGAGCGUUCUAGGGGCGUGCGGAGACUUGGGAGAUUUGAGUUUGGGAAGAUGGGUGGAGGAGUUUGUUGUUGAAAAGAGUUUAGAAGUGAAUUCUUAUUUGGGUUCUGCAUUGAUUGGUAUGUAUGGAAAAUGUGGUGAUUUGUGCUCUGCAAGGAGGGUCUUUGACAGUAUGACUAAGAAAGAUCUUGUAACUUGGAAUGCCAUGAUUUCAGGGUAUGCUCAAAAUGGAUUGUCA